UGGUGAGGAGGAUGAGGCAGUAGAAGUGGAGGGUGAGACAGCAGAAGUGGAGAAUGGGUUCGAUAAAGAGGAGAGUGUGGAUGAAAGUAAGGAGAGUGAGGCUACAGAUAAAGAUGAUGAAAAAGAAAGCGAAGCUGAAGAUGUGUGGAAUGAUAGCAAGAAUGAAUGGUAUGAGGAGAUAUCAAUUUGGAAGGUAUAG